AUUUCAUUGAUACUAAUUAAGUUUUGUCAGCAUUAAUGACGAUGACACAAAACAAGUGUAGUUGGAUGUAAGAUCUGAAGGAAGUUUCGUGCUCGCAUAAAUGUCGACGAGAUGGCUGUGUGGCGAGGAUUUGAGUGUUUGUUUAUUUUUGUGUCUCUGUUCGCGUUAUGCUGUGGCCAGUGGGGAUGGAGGCUACCGCCGGGAUACGCUUGUGUUGAGAGACCAGUACAAGCGAUAUGUCGACUUCGCCCCAACCCCACCUUGAUGUCGAGCGAGUAUCGAGAUAUACAGGGAAUUGUUAUCUUCACUCAGCGCAUCACGUGUUUCGGACACUACUCCCUGCAAGUGAAGAUAAACAUAGCCGGUCUGCCGGCGAACGGAACCUGGGAUUACCACGGGAUUCACGUGCACGAGUCAGGUGACAUGUCACGUGGAUGCGAGUCAAUGGGCCCCCACUACAACCCCUACGGCACAGCACACGGAUCACCGAGGGACCCUGAAAGUCGGCGUCACGUGGGUGACUUUGGUAACGUGGUAAAGGAUCCGUUCGGGAACAUCCAGGGGGCGCUGUUCGACAACAUAGCCAGCCUUGUUGGCCGAACCUCAAUCUUACGCAGGGGCGUAGUCUUGCACGAGAUGCAGGACGAUCUUGGCAGGGGAAUCAACCGGGAGAGCCUCCGGACAGGAAACGCCGGUCGCCGCCUAGCCUGCUGCGUCAUAGAACCGUUGUAGCAUCGUUCCAUUACUGUAUAUUAU